AUGAAGGUAAUGCUCUGUCGCUCCGUCCUCCAUGUCAACGGCCCGGUGGCUCCACCGGAGACGCUCCUCCGCGUGAAGCCUGAGCCCACCUACCCCCUGCGCUCUCCCUCGUGCAACUGCGGCGUCCAGACCGGACGUCGCGUCAAGGACAAGCCCCUCUCACCGCCCCAACGCGUCAAGCAUGAGCGACUCUCUCCGCUGCCCCGCCGCGUGAAGGAGGAGCAGCACUCUCCGCCGCCCCAUUGCGUCAAGGAGGAGCACCGAUCACCACCGCCCUUGUCCCGUGCGAUCACCCUGAAGGUGCACUUGCACCAGAGUUGCUCCGGAGGAUCUUGGCGAUGCCGCCCACAAACCCCGGGGUUGUCGUCCUCAUCGGCGGGCGGCUUCUCGCAGAAGGCGGAGAUCAUCAUCUCCUUCGGCGACGAGGAGGACCAGUCGGCGCCGGUGUUCACCGUCAUGGAAGAGGAGUACGAUCAACAGAUGAAGGUAAUGCUCUGUCGCUCCGUCCUCCAUGUCAACGGCCCGGUGGCUCCACCGGAGACGCUCCUCCGCGUGAAGCCUGAGCCCACCUACCCCCUGCGCUCUCCCUCGUGCAACUACGGCGUCCAGACCAGACGUCGCGUCAAGGACAAGCCCCUCUCACCGCCCCAACGCGUUAAGCAUGAGCGACUCUCUCCGCUGCCCCGCCGCAUGAAGGAGGAGCAGCACUCUCCGCCGCCCCAUUGCGUCAAGGAGGAGCACCAAUCACCACCGCCCUUGUCCCGUGCGAUCACCCUGAAGGUGCACUUGCACCAGAGUUGCUCCGGAGGAUCUUGGCGAUGCCGCCCACAAACCCCGGGGUUGUCGUCCUCAUCGGCGGGCGGCUUCUCGCAGAAGGCGGAGAUCAUCAUCUCCUCCGGCGACGAGGAGGACCAGUCGGCGCCGGUGUUCACCGUCAUGGAAGAGGAGUACGAUCAACAGAUGAAGGUAAUGCUCUGUCGCUCCGUCCUCCAUGUCAACGGCCCGGUGGCUCCACCGGAGACGCUCCUCCGCGUGAAGCCUGACCCCACCUACCCCCUGCGCUCUCCCUCGUGCAACUGCGGGGUCCAGACCGGACGUCGCGUCAAGGACAAGCCCCUCUCACCGCCCCAACGAGUCAAGCAUGAGCGACUCUCUCCGCUGCCCCGCCGCGUGAAGGAGGAGCAGCACUCUCCGCCGCCCCAUUGCGUCAAGGAGGAGCACCGAUCACCACCGCCCUUGUCCCUGCGAUCACCCUGA